GACUUCAGGAGCAAGCCAUUUUUUAGAGUUCCGUUAUUUGUGGACCUAAUGAUUUCAACUUUUCGUAUAUUGUGCUUGUGACUUCCUGCCAAAUUUGAAAGUGGAGAUUGUACUGUGUGUUUAUGAUCUUUGGUAUAACUGUCAUUUUGAUCUGCAGCAGUUCAUAGUUGCUGAGGCACAUUGAAACCGGUGAAGUGGUGAUGUGAAUGUAGUUUUAAAAUAAGCGUAGUGGCAUAUACUCUGUGAAAAUGGAAGACGAACUAUAUGGAAUUAGUGCUGGCACUGCUGUUGACAUUCAGCGAACUGAUGGGCGUGUACACGCCGCUGUAGUUUCCGGGGUAAAUCUCCAAACUCGUAGUGUGACGGUAGAAUGGAUAGAGAGAGGAGAGACGAAGGGCAAGGAGAUUGAGAUUGAUGCUAUCCUCUCCCUCAACCCUGGACUUACAAACAAGGGCAGAGAUGACACUACCUUCAUCCCUCACAAACUGCAACGAAGUGCUACAAGGGCUUCAGUAGGUGGUCAAGCUCAUAGAGAACGAGCAUUACGCAACAAACAAGGUGGAAGGCUCACAAAUGUUCCAACAGUAAAUGGACAUGGGGAUACACACAUCCAAAGAGGAUUAGAAAAUAUUGCUCCAAACCCAGCUAAUUUAACUGCACGACAACACACUAUGCAGCACCAACAAUUAACAGCAUUGCAGCAACAAAAGCAACAACAGCAGCAGUUAAUCCAACACCAGUUACUAGUUCAACAACAACAGCAGCAGCAGCUACUGCAACAACAACAGCAGCAGCAGCAGCAGCAGCAGCCUGCAACAGUUGGAAAUACAGGAGCUGGUAAAUUUCGCCGUAGUAAUGUUGUGAAAGAAGUUGAAAAAUUAAAAAAGAACAGAGAUGAAAGGAGGCAGCGUCAAGCUGAACUUAAAGAAGAGAAAGAACUACUUAUGAAUAUGGACCCAGGGAAUCCAAACUGGGAGUUCCUCGCAAUGAUAAGGGAAUACCGGAGUAGCAUUGAAUUUAGACCUCUGCGAGAAACCGAUCCUGUUGAAGACCACCAGAUAACAGUGUGUAUUCGGAAAAGACCUCUAAAUAAGAAAGAAAUGAACAGAAAAGAAGUUGAUGUUAUCACUGUCCCUACAAAGGAUCAGAUGGUAGUCCAUGAACCUAAAACUAAAGUUGACCUCACAAAAUACUUGGAAAAUCAGAUAUUCAGGUUUGACUACGCAUUUGAUGAAACCUGUUCCAACGAACUUGUUUACAAGUACACUGCGAAACCUUUGGUGCAAACAAUUUUUGAAGGAGGGAUGGCAACUUGCUUUGCUUAUGGCCAAACAGGUAGCGGAAAGACACAUACAAUGGGUGGAGAUUUCCACGGAAAAACCCAAGACUGUACAACAGGGAUAUAUGCAAUGGCAGCAAAAGAUGUUUUUAAUUUUCUGAGGUCCUCAAAAUACAAGCCUUUGAACUUAAUGGUGUCUGCCAGCUUUUUUGAGAUAUAUAGUGGCAAAGUAUUUGACCUCUUAGCCAAUAAAUCAAAGUUGAGGGUUUUAGAAGAUGGAAAGCAGCAAGUACAAAUAGUUGGUCUGACCGAAACAGUAGUUGACUCUGUGGAAGAAGUUCUCAAGUUAAUACAGCAUGGAAAUAAUGCAAGGACAUCUGGACAGACAUCAGCAAAUACGAAUUCUUCGCGAUCGCAUGCUGUUUUCCAAAUUGUUUUGAGGGUAACAGGAAUAAAUAAAGUUCAUGGGAAAUUCUCCCUCAUAGAUUUGGCUGGCAAUGAAAGAGGAGCAGAUACUUCAUCGGCUAAUAGACAGACAAGGAUGGAAGGUGCAGAAAUCAAUAAAUCCUUAUUAGCAUUGAAGGAAUGUAUAAGAGCCUUAGGAAAGAAAGGGGCUCAUCUUCCAUUUAGAGCCAGCAAAUUAACACAGGUUUUGAGGGAUUCAUUUAUAGGAGAAAAGUCCAGAACAUGCAUGAUAGCGAUGAUAAGUCCUGGCAUGAGUUCCUGUGAACAUUCCCUGAACACUUUACGUUAUGCUGACAGAGUAAAGGAACUAAAUGCAACUGAUCUCACUGAAACAAAAGUGUCACCAAGCGAAGAAGAAACUAUGAGAGUCGACGACAACUUAGAAGAUAGUGACCUUGCGCAGCUGCGAUCAUUAAAUGCUGAAGAAAUCUCUGCAGAUUUAUACACAUUCCACGAAGCUGUUUCGCAUCUUCAGAUGUUAGAAGAAGAAGUUAUUGAUACACACAAACAUUUGUUAGAGUGUAACCCACACUGGCAUCACGUGGCUGAGAAGCUUUUUGCACUUACAAAUGAAGUGGAUUAUGACCAAGAUGAUAGUAUCACUGCCACACGACAUGCAGGAAUUACCCACAAUGCUUUAUUUGCUUCCCCUCACAACAAAGGCAAUUACACAAAGAAAAGAGCUUAUUCAAAGCAACUUGAUCAGCUCCUAACGCAGGAAAUUGAAGCACUGAUAAAGUGCAAAGAAAAAGUAGCAGCGUUCAGAGCACAGUUAGAAGCCGAAGAACUCAUAAGCCAGAAAAUAAAGCGCCCUGUUCGACAUAAUUAAUUUUGUAAAUCAUUUUGAAGGGUAUUCCGUAUGGCCCAAGAAUGAACUAAAAUUUUUAAUUUAAUUUUAUACAUAUGUACACCCCUUAAUUUUUGUGUAUUUUGAAGGAUCAUCAAACAAUCUGUAUUAUGUAACCCAUUCAUCCUUUAAACAUAGGACGCUUAAUAAUGAUAAUUUUAAAGCUCCAUGUUACAUUUCAUUAUCCUAGUUAGUUUGAAAAAUAACAGUUUUAAUACUCGGAAGCAAUACAUUGUUUCAUUGUUUGGCAUAAAAUGAGCAUGACGUGAUAUGUCCAUUCACUGAACAACAUAUUUUUUACCAUUGAUUGUAAUUUUUUUCUUAUAUAUAUGUAUGUAAAUUGCAAAGUUUCUUCCCUCUGUUCUCCUCUCUUUAUACCCUGUUCCUUGUCAUUCUUCCACAGAAUAUAUAUACAUGCGUAAUUUUUUGUUCUUUGUACAGAAUGAGUUUUUAUAGAAAAUACAGAAAUUCUUUUCUCA